GGUUUUAGUUUCCCAUUUUCAUUUCAACUCAAAAAAAAAAAAAAAAAAAGAAUUGCGUUGAGGGUGGUGCGUCGUUUUGGUUAAAAAUCAACAACCAGAAUUGUUUAUCUGGGGUUUAAAUUGUAGAAUAUAAAAUCAAUGGAUGAGAUUGGGAUAGACCCAUGUGCUGCAAAUCCUGGACCCAUGGAUCCUUCAGUACUGUAUGAUCAAGAAAAGCAUGUAUCUUCAGCUGUUUGGGAUGGCCAGGAGCGUGGUGCACUUAGAUGUCAUGAGCAUACAUCGAAGUUGGGUGAGUGGCGGCUCACCCCAAAACAGAUCGAGUUGGUUGAGAAAGCAGGAUUUGGGUACUUGAGGAAGAUACCUGCCAUUAGUUUAGAUAAUCCGCUUAUUUCAGCUUUAGUUGAGAGGUGGAGGAGAGAGACGAAUACAUUUCAUUUCACUGUUGGAGAAAUGACUGUGACUCUACAAGAUGUUGCCUUCUUGCUGGGGUUGGCAAUCGAUGGGAAGCCUGUGAUUGGAAUAACGUAUACCACUUGUGGCACGGUGUGUGAAAAGUACCUAGGGAAAGUGCCAGAUUCUACCUAUGCGAGUGGUGGGAUGGUAAAGCUAAGUUGGUUGAAAGAGUUCUUUUCUCAGUGCCCUGAAGAUGCAUCGAUUGAAGAGAUCGAGUACCACACACGUGCUUACCUUUUAUAUCUUGUGGGAAGCACUAUUUUUUCAACUACUACAGGGAAUAAGGUCCCUGUCAUGUACCUUCCUUUGUUUGAGAAUUUUGAAGAAGCUGGGAGGUAUGCAUGGGGUGCAGCAGCAUUAGCAUUCUUGUAUAGGGCACUUGGGAAUGCCUCAGUUAAAUCUCAAAGCACCAUUUGUGGAUGUUUAACACUACUUCAGUGCUGGAGUUACUAUCAUCUAAAUAUCGGUCGACCAAAGCUCAACAGGGACCCUAUCCACGACCAUUUCCCUUUUGUACUUGGGUGGAAGGGAAAACAGAGUGGUCCAACGACUAACCGUGAUGUAGUUUUCUACCGUAAGGCACUAGACUCCCUAGAACCAUGUGAUGUAGAGUGGCUUCCUUACAAAUACAUGGAUAGUACAGUAAUCCCAGUGGAAAUUAGAAGUACUUUGGCAUUGGGGAGGUCUAAAACAAUGUUAAUCUGCUUUGACAAGGCAGAAAGGCACCUCCCUAAUCGUGUCCUAAGGCAAUAUGGUAUGCUUCAAUCGAUCCCUGAAGAUGUAGCACAGUGGGUAAGAAAGAGUCGUGGAGUUGACGGCGGGGUGGACUUGUCGGGGAAAAUGGAAUCAGAACUUAGUGAAUGGGAAGAUCGUGCACUCCAUAUUGUGGAAGGUGAUGAUGAUGCAGAUGAAAACGAGUACAUGGUGUGGUACAUGAGAAUUACUCGUAAAGUUGUAGGGAGACCUAUUUCUCUCUCUUCAGAGUUUCAAAGAACAAUUGGUGGUGUGCGGGAAAUUUCUUACUUAGCCGACACUUUUCCUCUGAAAGGACUGCAGCCUGAGCAAUUUGAAUCAAUUUCCAGGAUUAGAGCUAUUGCACAAGAAUGCUUGCGAGAGCAAGUUGGAGGCCAGAUUGUAGUGUCACCUAUUGGGGAAACUGAACUUGGGAAAAGGAGUAGGGGGAAGGAGAGGGUAAGAAGAAAGGCUACUGGGAAACGGAAGCGUAGUAAUGAUCCCAUGGAAGGUCAUGGAGUUAGUGAGGACGAGUCUCAGUAUUGUGGCAUGGUUGUCGAGGUAGGUCACUUUCAUCUACAGCACGAAGAUAAUGAGGUUCAUCUUCUGCCACUUUGUACUACAGUUGUCGAGGUUGAAAAUGGACUGCUAUUGGAGGAACAUAAUAAAGUUGAUGACAUGCAACUUCGGGAUGCAGCUGAUGGGAUUGAUGCCUCACAGUUUUGUGACGAAAGUAAUGACGUUGACAACUCAAAUAUCCCUCACGCUAUUAGUGAAAUUGAUUUGAAAAAUAACGAAACAGCAGAAAAUGUUAUUCCGCAGUCGUCUGAUCUACCUAAUGUGACCAAUGAUACCAAUGGUUCAGAAAUUCACAACACAAACGAGAUCCCUGAUGACACACAAUUAUGUAAUGCGAGUGAUGACGUCAAUGACCCCCAAACUCAAGUGGCUACUGAUGUUAAUGAAUCGGAAACUCAUCAUGCAACUGAGAAUAUCGGUGAGUUGCAACCACUUUAUGUUUCCAUUCAUAGUGAUCAGCAAACGGUAAAAGCGGAAGCAGGGACUGUUCCGCAGUUGCCCCAUGAAAACACCGAGGAUCUUCCGCAGCCGGGUGAGACCAGUGUUGUUUAAUAAAGUCGAAGCAUUGUCGUGAUUUUCUGGAGGCUGCCAAAAGCAAACUGGUCCCUGGCCUUCUUUAAACGGCAAAAUUUAUUAUUCAAAGCACAAUAGGUCAAAGUGCCUAGUUUGUUCUAAUGACAUUCUGUGGCUUGUAGAAUUAGCUCUGAUUAAUAGA